CAGAAGCGCUGGAGAUGCUGCGAGCGGAGUGCAAGCAUGGAUGUGUCGGGCGUGUUUUUCUUUUAUAACACGGUAUUUAAUCCAUGUAUCUAUCAUCUAGACACGUGAACACAUGGUACGUCAUCGACAACUGUUAUAUUUCUGUUAUUUUUCGCAAGCUUUCUGAUUUGCACCGUUAGAUCAUCUCUCAGUGGUCCCUGUCAGCCUCAUCAUUAUGGAGGGCCAGUAUGUCACCAUUCAUGGCCUCAACAUCACUCACAGCCCUCUUGGAGCACCGGCCAUGUCUAUCGACAAACUUUUCCCAGCUCUGCUGGAGUGCUUUGGCAUUAUACUGUGCGGCUAUGUGGCGGGUCGCAGUGACAUCAUCGGUGUCGGACAGGUCAAAGGCCUGGGAAACUUUGUGUCGUGCUUCGCGCUUCCCGCGUUGCUCUUCAAGAACAUGGUGCAGCUGCGGUUUGAGCAUGUAGUCUGGUCUUUUCUAUGGAGCGUUUUGAUUGCAAAAGUGUUUGUGUUUGUACUAGUUUGUAUGCUGACGCUGUUGAUGGCAAACCCUGAGAGCAAAUACAGUAAAGCUGGACUGUUUGCUAUCUUUGCCACUCAGAGCAAUGAUUUUGCGUUGGGAUAUCCUAUAGUGGAUGCGCUGUACAGGAGUACACAUCCGGAAUAUGUGCAGUAUAUAUAUCUGGUGGCUCCUGUAUCUCUGAUGCUGUUGAACCCAGUGGGCUUUGCUUUGUGUGAGAUUCAAAGAUGGAGACACACCAAUGAACCGAACUACAGCAAACUGCGUGUGAUCUUUACUGUCAUACUGCAGGUUUUGAAGAACCCAAUAGUCUUCAUGGUUAUUGUUGGAAUUAUCUCUCAUUUCCUGUUUGGUGGACAUGUGCCUGCUUUACUAGGAGAGUUUGUUGAUGGACUUGCAAACUCUUUUGGAGGGGCGGCACUCUUUUAUCUGGGCCUGAACAUGGUGGGACAGAUGGGUAAACUCACACGUACCACUGGGGUUUCCCUCAUCCUGCUUAUUACUGCCAAACUACUAGUUAUGCCAUUGAUGUGUAAGGACAUGGUGGAGUUGUUGGAUACUGGUAAUUCCAGCUCUGUAAAUCACUCCAGUCUGUCUGAUUAUGCUUUCCUUUAUGGAGUCUUCCCUACUGCUCCCAGCGUGGCCAUAUAUGCUUCCCAGUACAACAUGGAGCUGGAGGUGGUGACCUCUGGUAUGGUCAUUAGCACAUUCCUGUCAGCGCCCAUCAUGUAUGUGUCGGCAUGGUUACUGACCAUUCCAUGGAUGGAAGCCACAUCCCUGGUGAAGGAGCUCCAGGACGUGAGCUUUAACGUCAGCAUUGUCAGCCUAAUAGCCCUGGUUUGGACCCUUACUGUCAUGCUGCUGAGUAAGAAGUUUAGGAGGUUGCCGCAUAUGUUUUCCACAAAUCUGUUCUUAGCACAGCUCUUAGUGUGCGUAUCAAUGAUCUUGUGGAAGUUUGUUCUGAAGCAGGGCAGCAUGUUUGGCCAAAUCCUCACCUUUACACUACUUUAUGGGUCUCUUUACAGUACCUACAUGUGGACAGGUCUUUUGGCGUUCGCUCUUACUUUAUUGGGCAGAAAUGAAAACCUAAAAGUGAAACCUAUUGUUUUCAUCAUCCUUGGUUGGGGAAUUCCUUUUCUGAUUGUGGGUGGCCUGCUCAUGAUAGGACAAAGAAUGAGUGACAACUCGGACUCCGCCUUCUUUUAUGGCAAGGGGCAGAUUGUGUGUACUGUGGUAGUUCUGGGCUGCAGUCUCGUCCUAGGUGGUCUGUCUUUAAUGAGUUUGAGCCGAGGGGCCCAGGAAGAGCAAAACUAUCAAGCCCUAGAUCAAAAUUCAAUUACAGCCACAACAGAAGAUGUGAGACAACCCCAGACAGAGAACCAGCAGUCACCUGAGCUAGAGCAAAACUAUAGCAGCCUCAACACAGAUGUUUGUUGCAGUGAACCCAUGCCAGAUAUGAUUGUUGGACAUCUCAACGACUCCCCAGUGCCUUCAGCAGGGAUUUUCCUGAGAGAGGCAUCAAGCUCUUCACGUGUGCAGGAGGAGAGACAGAUCGCUCGACAUGUGCUCCUCUGCCUGCUCCUCAUUGUCAGCAUGCUAGCUAACCUGUCCAGCUGUCUGUGGUGGUUGUUUAGUGUUGAUCCAGGACGACUUUACCUCGAGCUGCAGUUUUUUUGUGCCGUAGCCAAUUAUGGACAGGGUUUUGUUUCCUUUGGAAUUUUUGGAUUGGAUGAGCACCUUAUUAUUCUUCCAUUCAAAAAGAGGCUGGCUGCUCUGUGUGGUUUUGGUCAGGAUGAAAGCCCUGAGUCUGCUGCCGUUCCUGAGGAAAUACGACUGACCUGUACACAGUUUGUGAGAUACCACAAAGAUCAGUGUGUUCAGGAUAUUGUUCGCAAUAGAGGUGGGUCUUCUGAAUCUCUUUCUGGACCAGUUGGUGAAUCCUUUCUUUGAUUGAUAGGUGUACUCACUGGUAUAUGAGUAUGGUUUGGUGUAACGGCAUUGAGUUCACUGGCUCCUGUGUGUGGGCGUGGCCAAAGAUAGAAAGGUGUGGCCUUGCUUUCAGGACACAGCUGCAGAAGAACAGUGUCUUACUACAUGUGACCCAUCUAUAUGGCUUCCAACCUCCUGUGGUAUUGCUUCAAAUGUACCUCCACUUUGUAAUGUGACACAAACCCAAGCAGGAACUAAACAGACUGAAUUAUGACAAACAAAAUGUUCUCUCAUCAGUAUUUGUUUUACUUGUUGAAUUACUAUGCAUGGCAUGCAAAGAGCACAACAUUCUCCCUUUAUAUAAUUUUUACCAACCUUUAAUUCCACAAACAUUUGUUCUGUUCCAAAACCUA